UUGCCCGGCUCGCCGUGCGCCCUGCGGGGGUUCAUCGCUCCGGGCAACCGCAGGCAGACAGCCGCAGCAGCAGCAGCAGGGUCAGGACUGGACGGAGGCGCUUUCGGAGCUCUCCACAUUCCAGUUUGUGCAGGGUCGAGCGGAGAUGACAGACCUGCUGCGGCUGGUGUCCGGGGGGGACAGGCAGACUUCACCUGGGCGGCUCUCUGCGGACGAUGUUCAGUGUGUUUGGGCCAGUGUGUCAGCGUACAUUGAGCGUCAGUUAGCCUUAAAUAAGGGGGUCCACGUGGCAGGACUUGGAAGCUUCACCUUUUCCCAGCAGAAGCUGCACAUAGGACACAAGUUCACACUGGUCCAACGACCCAUCUUCAUCUUGUCCGGGAAGCUGAUGCAGUCCCUAAGUCUGAAACAGGCCCGGCCGCUGGCUGUAGCCACACACGUACCAGUGGUGCAGCUAAACUUUGCUGCAGUGUCGCAGGACUCACCCUUCAGCCGAGACGUAGUGGAGGGCUGCGUCAGAGACACUCUCCUGCUGCUGUUCAGAGCUCUGGCCUCUGAAAAACACGUGCUCCUCCCGUUCGAGGGAAUAGGUGUGCUUUCAUUUAAGAACAACAAGGUCAGCUCCUUUCUGUCUCAUUCUGUGACUCACAUUCUGGACGAUGUCCGCCGGUUUUCAGUUCUGUGUGAUCCAACGCUAUGUGCUUCUAAGGUCCAGAUGAAAUUCAAGGAAGACUUUAUUAAAGCCAUGGACGGAAGUGGAAAGCUGCUGUUAGCCUUUAACAAGAGUCCUGGGAGCAGCGCCUCUUUAAUGUCUGCGGGACUCUCCAGACUUCAGAGGCCGCAGACUGCCAACCCCAUUACUUUGCCAACCGUUUGCCCUCCAAGUAACAGAGCUGCGGACAAAGACGGACAGUGUUUUCCACCAGCUUCGGACCAGAGGAACACAAAAGAGGUUCCUCAGCAGAGCGACUCUAAAUCCCAUCAGAGUCUGCAGCCUGCCAAGAUGAAAGCUGUCAGCGUGUCUGAACAUCCGACUCCAAACCCCCCUAUGGAGCCAACAGACAAGAGCAGCAUGUCCGGCUCACUGCGACAGACUCCAAAGCUGGAGGACGCCGUCCUGAAUGUGACCUGCUCUGGUCACAGCCGUGCUGGACAGGAGCUGUGCUACCUCUGCAUGCAGCGGACCCAGAGAAACGUCCCGGUGUACCUGAGGGAGCAGCAGCAGGCCGAGGAGAAAGCUCAGGAGCAACUGCUGCUGCUCAGAGAGCAACAGAAAGACAAGCAGUACAUGGAGGAGCAACAGGCCAAGCUGAAUGAACAGCGUGAGCAUGCGAAGCAGAUAGCAAAAUUCAACAUUCACAUGUCAGGAAAGAAAGAGGAGACUCGCCUCCCUUUGUACCUGAAUUCGUUCAUCUUCCCGACUCGUCCGCUCACGCCUCCCAGAAGGAUCCAGCAGCAUCAUUACAUGAGCGAGCUGGAGAGGCAGAUCGGAGAUCGCCGCAAACACGAGGCUGAGGACCAGCAGAGCCGUCUUCUCAUGGAGCGCCUCGACCACGUCCAGCUCAUUCAGGAAAUUGCUUUGCAGAAGGCUCAGCAGAUUCAGCAGAAACAGGAGAAAACACAACAUUACAAGAAGGCUUUGGAUGCUCAGGUGGGGGUGAAGAAGUGUUUCAAACCUCCGGAGUGCCAGCCUGACGAAUCUCAGUUCAGCCGCUGUGAGACAGCAGUGAACAAUGCAGAGAGCCGGGAUCGAGCACAAAAGGUUUUCCAGGUAAAUUUCAGUACAGCGACUCAGAGAAAGAAGGAUGAGCUGCAGAACCGCCAGCUUCAGCUGGAGAAAGAAAGUGAAAUGCUCAGACGUGGCAAAAUGGAGCUAAUACUGGACCGCAUCAGUCGCUUUGAGAAGAAGCGGGACAUCAGUAAGUCCCUGAAGAAUGAGUGGUGCCGCAGCGCCAGGCUCAAACACAUGAGAGACGAGGAGGAGCGGCGCUUCCUGAGAUCUGCAGGUCAGCUCCUGGUCGAUAAGAUUGCAGAGUACAGACGCUGCUGCCAGUGUCAGAGGAAGACCACCAACAUGGGAGAAACCAACAUCUGGAAAGACUCUAAUUACCUUUCCGGCUCACAGUUUAUGAUCUGAACAGUGAAUGGCUUCAACAUCAAUACCUCAAAGCCUAGAUAAGACCUCAGUCUGACUCUCUCUACAGUUCAAGAUGAAGAUUUAUGUACAAGAGAUACUUUUGUGUAAUGAUUCCCAAUAUGCUGAAUUUCUGAUUCGACAUAUUGUUGUUGUGUUGGGUGUGUAUUUUGUGUGUACAAUUGUUACGUAUGUUCUGGUAUCAGGUUUUACGCAGCACAUUGUCUCAUUGAUAUACUUCACCUCAAAGCUAAUUAUUUGCCUAGUUCAGACACAUGUUGUAUGACCUAUGUGAUUUCUCUCUCUCUCUCGUAAGAUGAGACAUGAGAAAUGUGCUGAACCAGCUUGGUUUGUUACCACAGAGCAGACACUUCUUGAUGCAGAGAUUUCACAUCCUGAUUUUUUUUUCUCAUGUUUUAUUGAUAUCUCAGCAGAAAAUACUGAAAACAGUUCAUGUGGCAAUAAAAAUUAUGUGUGCUAUCAAUAAAAAAGCUGUUGUUUCCAGAUGUAUAAAGAAGCUGCUAAAUCACAACACAAAGAUUGUCUAACUCUAUUGAAAUAUAUUCUUCUAUAGAGUUAAACUUUGAAUUAAAGGUGCUGUAGGCAGGAUUCCGCAUCUCCGCCAUCUUGCUUAGGGUUAUGUUGCCCACUGGUUUUUCAUAUGUAUUAUUUCACUUUAUCUGAUAUUAUUGGUUCACUGAGUAUAACAGUAUAUAUGAUUAUUUGGAACUUCUGCAAUUAUCAUUACAUUCGUUAUAGUUAGUUUCAUUUUGAUAAGUCUCAGGAAACCCGUGUCACGUGAUCGCCCGGUCCACGCCAAGCUCGGGGUGUGGUCUUGUUAUGUAGGGUAGGUCCACAGCCGGUUCAUGGUGAGCUGGCGUGUGGGGCAGUAAUCAGGCUGUGGCCUGCAGAAAUGUGAUUGUGGCUAAGACGUGUAAGUUUCCUUUUCUCUUCAUUUGAUUCACUGUUAACUUAAUCCUAAAUUAUGCUGAUUGUCACACUGUGUGUUUUCACAGGGGACUUUUUCCUUGUUGACACUUGUACAAAAAAAAAACCUUUAAAACUGAGCUCAAGGGACUACGGACUUGGUGUUCAUUUCGAAGGGGCAACAGUUACCUAAGUAAGAUGGCGAUUUGACCCAUCUAAGAUGGCGAUUUGAAACCCAGCACAGCCAAUCCUGUCCUGUUUUCUCUGACAUCGCGCUCUUACGCAAGUUAAGC